AUGAAAUGCAUCCUCGGAGUCUACAAAAAGAUUCAACUCUUUCGAUUUGCAAGCUCAAUUCCUCAUCCCGAGGCUAAGUGGCUCAUGCGCCAUACACGAUUGCAUCAUUCGGCUCGAGUGUCGGGAUCAUCGCGUCUUGCGGUGGGGCAAAGAACAUCAAUGGAUCCAGGGCUCCAUAUCGCCGACGGGGGCGGCGGGGUAUUUGAAACCCCCCCCCCCCUCACCCCGAAUUUCCAAAUUCCUCCUCCUCAAUUCUUGAACAGCUCCCGUCUAUCCAGUCGCAUCACCUUAAUCCCUUCCUUCGACCUCCCACCACGACCUAGCAGCAAAAUGAGCAUCCCGCGACCUCCCCUCGACCCAGACCUGGAUCACGCGCUCUCGAAAUUCGACCCAAACAGCAGCCUCGCAACACCCGAAGCCCUCGAAACCCGCCGAAAAGGGGUGCACCUAACCUGGUCCUCCAUUUCAGCUUCCGUCUCAGACAAAAUCGCACACGCCGAAGCGACAAUAACAGGCCCCGACGGAACCCAGCUGCCAGUCUCAAUCCUCCGCUCCACAAACCCGUCGCACCAGUCUACCCCUGCAUCCGAAAAGGCAUGUAUCCUGCACUUCCACGGCGGCGGCUUCUGCACAGCGAAUCGGUUCCACGGACUAAACGUCCUCUUCGACCUUGUAACCGAAUUGAACGUCAUCGUCGUGAGCCCGGAAUACAGACUCAGCCCCGAACACGCGCAGCCUGCACAGGUGGAGGAUUGCUACGUUGCGCUGCUUUGGACGGCAAACCAUGCCUCGGAUCCGAUUCUCGGGUUUAAUGUCGAGAAGCUAAUUCUCUGCGGCGGGUCUGCGGGCGGGAAUCUGGCGGCGGGGGUAAGUCUCCUCGCGCGCGACCGGUCCGGACCGAAGAUUUUGGCGCAAAUGCUCUUCUACCCCUGGCUCGAGGAUAGCGGAACUAGUCUAUCCAUCUCGCAAUUCGGCGACGUACAGCCCUGGAGAACGCAGGAUAAUAUCACUGCGCUCGACUGGGCUCUCGGCAAGAAUCGAGAGAAUAAGAGUAUCUACACAGUCCCCGGAUCUGCUACCGUGGAAGACCUAAAGGGAUUACCGACGACGUAUGUGGAUGUCGGCGAGGCGGAUGUGUUUCGUGUUGAGGAUGUGGAGUUUGUGAGCCGAUUAUGGGCGGCGGGUAUUAGUUGCGAGUUUCAUGUUUGGCCGGGGGCGUGGCAUGCUUUUGAUACGUUUGCGCCGGGGGUCGAGGUUAGUCAGAGGGCAGUGAGGACGAGGGGGGAGUGGGUGCAUAGGUUGAUUCGGUAG